GAGAGAAAGGAAGUGAGGUUUCUCGCCAGCCGUUUCUUCUCUUCAGCUGUUAGAGACUGGAAGGUCAUCAUCACGUCAACGUCCCUGUGUCAACAAUCUCUACAUCUUAAACCAGAUAAGGUGGAAACGUAAUCGCCGGUUUACUAAACUACAAGGUGCAUUAACAGUCAGAAAGAUAAUUUUGGGAAAUUGUCAUUGUUAACACCGAGCAAACCAAUUAUGAAUUACUGUCGUCCACUACGGUCAGAUCAUUACACUAAGUUACACGACAAUCUUCGAUUCCGGACCGCAGUAAAGUAGCAUUAGCACUAUACUGUAAUAGCUAUAUACUUAUUUUGGAUAUGGGACUUAACUUGCUUUAUGUCGUUAGCUUUGGUGUCAAUAGUCAUGUGGAGCAGCAGGCUUGAGACGGAACAUGCUCAUUUGGGCUCGUGGCCUCUGAACCCGGAAGUUACUUUCCCAACAUGGAAACACGUAGCUCGGUGGCUAGCAAAGAUCAUGCUAACUAUGCUUUACCACCAAGCGUGGCUAGUUAGCUAGCUAGCUAGCUCAAACCCAAAUCACUGUUUUUUUUAUUUAUUUAUUAUUUUUUUCACAAUAGAUGCAACUCACUAUUUACAUGAAUGAGAAAAGAUGGAUCUCCCAAUUUGUCAGGACCCCGCCUCAAGCUGAAGACAAACAGAAGUUUUUGAGGAAAAAUACAAUAUCUGAAAGGAGGAAGUUUCUAUUCUUUUUGGCUCAUAAAAGCAAAACGUUGUGGUCUUUGCUUAGAUAAUUGGCCAAAAUGUCAGGGCUAUCGCUAAACCUGGAUUUGUCCUGCAAUGGUGAGUCCAGCAUUGUUGGGAUGAGAAAGGAGCCAGUCAGAAACUUAAAACAUGAGAGAUUUGUUAAGAAGCGCCGAUUCCUUGAGCGCAAAGGCUUUCUUCGUGACAAGCAGAAUCAGUGGAGUAAAAUGCAGGGACCCAAAAACCUAAAUCGAGGACCCCAGCCCUGGCAAAAUGAAAAGAAGCACACUUUUGCAUCCACUCUCUCUCAUCCAGAAAGUUCUGUCCACAAACCCAUUCUUUCCAAAUGCCCUAUCCCCAAACCUACUUCUUCCAAUAGCACCCUCCCAAAACCCACUUCUUCCAAUAGCACCAUCCCCAAACCCACUUCUUCCAAUAGCACCAUCCCAAAACCCACUUCUUCCAAUAGCACCAUCCCAAAACCCACUUCUUCCAAUCGCACCAUCCCAAAACCCACUUCUUCCAAUCGCACCAUCCCAAAACCCACUUCUUCCAAUAUCACCAUCCCCAAACCUACUCCUUCCAAUAGCCGGCCCCAUUUACCAUUGUUCAAGAACAGUGCGACCACAGCCUCUGGCUUUUUCAAAACCGGCUCCAAAUCCACACCCAAGAGGUACGAGGGCUCUACUGUUACCUUAUCUCAGAGCUUCACCACCUUUGUCACCACGACAAGUAGCCUUGCCUCCGGCUCAACUCGCCCUCAGGUCCUUGGAGCAGCACCUCCAUUUGGAAAUCCUCUGAAGUAUUUGGCUCUUGACUGUGAGAUGGUGGGCACAGGGCCAAAGGGCCAGCUGAGUGAGCUUGCCCGCUGCAGCAUUGUUUCAUAUGAUGGCGAUGUGAUCUAUGAUAAGUACAUCAUGCCAACCCGCCCUGUGACUGACUUCCGGACUAAGUGGAGUGGUAUACGCCGACAACACCUCUGCAAUGCUACUCCCUUCAUGCAAGCCAAGAAAGAGAUAGUAAAGAUCCUGGCUGGGAAAGUGGUGGUUGGGCAUGCCAUCCACAAUGACUUCAAGGCUCUGACCUACAGCCACCCGGCUGGGCUGACCCGUGACACCUCUCGCAUUCCCCUGCUCAACAAGAAGGCUGGUUUGCCAGAAAAGCAGGCUGUUUCACUUAAGAGGCUUGCCAAAGCCCUCUUAAACCAGGAUAUUCAGGUUGGGAAUAAAGGGCAUUCCUCGGUCGAAGAUGCCCAAGCCUCAAUGGAACUGUAUAAGGCUGUGGAGGUGGAGUGGGAGAGGACCUUGGCAUUUAAAUCAGGGGCCAGAUAAAACAGCUGACUUGAGCAGUGAUGGUGGUGUCCGGAGGACAAAGGGAGGGAGUCCGAUUUUUGUAAACUUUUAUUACUGUGUUGGUUGAUUGCUCUAUUUUACUCAUAUGAUCUGUGAAGCAUUUUGUGAUACAGCCUAUGUACAACAGGUGCUAUACAAAUAAAAUGGUUGUAUUAUUAUUGUUAGGAGUA